CGGCCCUUGUGGCCAACCGCCGCGAAUCCCGGAGCUCCGAUGGCAGCCAGACGCGUACCCACAACACCACCUCCGAUUCAGCCAGCACCAGCAAAAGGCCGCACAAGAAAACCAAGCGCAAAGGUCCUUGAAGCCCAGCAGUCAUUGAGAACACGAACAAUUGCGUCUAGAUCAACACAGAAUGAGCCAUCCGCAAGCGCUACCGUUUCUCCUGAACGUCCAAACAAGGAACCCAGCCACCAACUGGUGAUUGACGUUAGUCGGGUCGAGGGCGAAGCGGCAGAGAAGAUAUUGACCACCGAGGUCGCGAAGCAAACCAUCUUACAUGGCAUAAGGGAUAUCGAUAGGCUCUCCGGAGCCACGGUUAAGGACUUCCGCAUGUGGCACACAGACAACAAAACAACGGUUAUUAAAUUCUCAGUGGAGAAGGACAAGGAAGCCGCAUUUAGGCAGACAGCCACGCAGUUGCUGGAAUCACGCAUCCCCGGGGCGAGGCUUAUCGGCCCAAAAUGGCAUGCUGUUAAAGCGGACUGGAUCGAAGUAUCGCUGGCGAUGGACAUAGACAGUGGCAAAGUGAGCAAGUCAACCAUGGAGCGCUUCGGUGAAGAGAACGGAGUAGAAGUGUGCACGAUGAGAUGGCUCGGGAGGCCUAGGCCAAGCGGGCAGCAUGCGUCUGUGGUUAUUAAGGUGGCGACAAAGGAGGAUGCGGAGAAGCUACUAGGCUCGGACAUUGUUUUGUUUGGAGGAGGCGCGGUUAUCAUGUCAGCAUUUAAAGAGCGACGUACCCCGGUGGCAUGUUUUAAAUGUAGGAGGUACGGACACAGAGCUAGAGACUGCAAGCGGCCCGACACAUGCGAUAUGUGUGGCCAGGAGGGUCACCUUCAAUGCGAGAUAGUAAACCUGCGCUGCAUAAACUGUCAAGGCCUCACUGAGCCUCGCAACGGGAGUGCCCAGCGUACAGAAAAGAGAGGGACAGGAUUCUUGCGAUUCAGCAGCACGGGUAACCGAGUAUCCGUCGUCGAACCUUCGAUUUUAUCUCGCCUUAAUUCGCAAUCGCCGCCGCCCUCUCAACCUACUUAUCAGCAUUGGGCCGUUUAA